CUUCUAAUUCUUUUGACGUUAGAUGGAUAGUUGCAAAAAUAACUAAAUGAAAUGAACAGCUAAAAAAGUUACAAUAAAUAUCUUUUUUACACUGUCCAAAUCUCCCACGGAAAUUUCACUUGCCAGUCGAUGCCGAAAACUGUUACGCAGUUAAAUCAAGCAUACGUCAUCAUCUAAGGCCGCUUUCACUUCCUUGUUUGUAAGUAGUUAAAAAAAAGAGGCCAAGAAGUGACCCGCUUAAUGUAUCUUCUUCACUUUUCUGCUUUUAAUGAGGCCAUCGAGUGAUUUGGACAGAAAAUGGCGGUAUUUAACCGCUACGUUUUUCCUCGUUUGCCUGCUGUCUAUCGGCGUCACCGAAGCGAAAUACGAACCCAACUGGGAGUCCAUCGACACCAGGCCACUGCCGGAGUGGUAUGACCAGGCCAAGUUCGGCAUCUUCAUCCACUGGGGGGUCUUCUCCGUCCCCAGCUUCGGCAGCGAGUGGUUCUGGUGGUACUGGAAGGGGCAAAAAGUGCAGCCGUACGUGGCCUUCAUGCAGAGGAAUUACCCGCCGGACUUUAAGUAUCAAGACUUUGCGCCCCGCUUCACCGCAGAGUUCUUUGACGCCGAAGAAUGGACGGAGAUCUUUGCCGCAUCGGGAGCCAAGUACAUCGUGCUGACCACCAAACACCACGAAGGCUUCACGCUGUGGGGCUCCGAGACCUCUUGGAACUGGAACGCGGUGGACGUGGGCCCCAAGCGCGACCUGGUGGCGGAGGUGGCGAGCGCCCUGCGCGCCCACAGCGACCUGCGCCUGGGUUUGUACCACUCGCUCUUCGAGUGGUUUCAUCCGCUGUUCCUGCAGGACGCCGCCAACCGCUUCGCCACCAACCGCUUCGCCGUCGCCAAGAGUUUGCCCGAACUUUACGAGCUGGUGCUGACGUACAAGCCCGACGUGCUGUGGUCGGACGGGGACGGGGACGCGCCGGACAAGUACUGGAACAGCACCGGAUUCCUAGCCUGGCUCUACAAUGACAGUCCCGUGCGGGACACUGUGGUGACCAACGAUCGGUGGGGCUCGGGCUCCAUCUGCAAACACGGCGGCUACUACACCUGCGCCGACCGUUACCAGCCGGGUCACCUGCUGCCGCACAAGUGGGAAAACUGCAUGACCAUCGACACCAAGUCAUGGGGCUACAGGCGCAACGCCCCGCUCGCCGACUACCUCACCAUCGAGGAGCUCGUGGCGACGUUGGCGGAGACCGUGUCGUGCGGCGGCAACCUGCUGAUGAACGUGGGCCCCACGGCGGACGGGAGGAUCGCGCCCAUCUUCGAGGAGCGCCUGCGCCAGGUUGGGCGCUGGCUCCGGGUGAACGGCGAGGCGGUGUACAACAGCAGCGCCUGGCGGGCGCAGAAGGACGCCGUCGCGCCCGGCGUCUGGUACACGUCCAGGCCGCGGCAGAACGCCGUCUUUGCCGUUUUCCUUGCGUGGCCCGAUGACGGAUCUUUACUCCUCAGCGAACCGGAGCUUACACUAGGACACAGUAAGGUGGCGCUCUUGGGUCACGGGCCCGUGCAGUGGGAGCCUGCGACGCCCCACGGUGUCCGGGUCUUCUUGCCUCAAUUGUCCAGCAGCCAGAUGCCGUGCCAGUGGGCCUGGACCCUCAGGCUGACAGGUGCCAAGUGAACAAGAAGAAAAACCAGGACGUCGACGCCCGACUUGGGAUGCACUGAACUGCUUCAUGGAACUGAAGCCGUCACCACAAGGAGCUGAAAACUCACCUCGGGUGAAUGCCAGACAUUGGGGGUGGGGUACUUCUUACGCACAAAACACAAAGACACAAAUAGAUACAAAGACGUCCGGAAACGUUUGCCAUUGCAAUUCAUUAUUUCCCUCAAUGUUAAGCUUUUUCUGUAGUGUUAAUUACUGUUACUAGUUUGUGUGCACAAACUAGUUAGUAGUUUUCUUUCAAUGUAUGUCAUAUUAGGAUCCAUACAAUGUAUCCCCCCCCCCCCCCGUCUUUAAAUAAAAGCUGGAAAUCUGAUGUUUUU